AUGGCUACUCAGCAGCACGCGCAACAGCAACAAUCGCUACCGCAGCAGACACAGACGCAGUCCAAUGCAGUGCCCGGUGCUGCCAGGGCGAGCUCUUACACAGCACUGCCUCCACCAGCAGCCUACACACCGCUGCGCUAUGCCAGUAAUCGAAAGACCAUCUACGACCGCAACCUCAACCGGGCUCGAACAUCCGAGUUGAGCCUGGCAUCAUUUGCUCACCUCUUCAACACCCUAAUCGCAUACCACCAAGCUCGCGCGCCCUCAGUCUCGGACCUUGAGGCCAGGCUGGCCCAAUCGGCAUACCCUAUUGGUGUCAAGCUGCUCGAUCUGCUCCUAUUCCGCAUGCCACCCCGUACAGCCUCUCGACCGACCCGUUUGCUUGACCUCUUGCAAUUCAUACACACAACCUUGUGGCGCUCUCUAUUUGGUCGUCCUGCUGAUGCUCUCGAGGCCAGCACUGGCAACAACAAUGACUAUAUGAUUGUGGACAACGAUCCCCUUGUCAACACGUACAUCAGCAUCCCCAAGGAGAUGAGCCAGCUCAACUGCGCCGCCUUUGUCGGUGGCAUCAUUGAAGGCGUAUGCGAUGCUGCCGGUUUCUCGACAGACGGAGUCACGGCGCAUUGGGCAGAAAACGACGAGCUGUGGCCAUCCAAGACCAUUUUCCUCGUCAAGUUCAAGCCUGAAGUAGUGGAAAGAGAAGAAGCACUCAAGGCUGGAGGAGGCUGA